CCACUCGCUCUGUCGCUGUCGUUGGGUCAGAAGGCACGCGAGUUCUUUGCGAGCCGAGGCUCGAUGACUUCUGGCUCGAUGCGUUAACCUUCUCCGCGCCAGCGGAUCGACUCUCACCUGUUGGACUCUCGAUUACUUCGGCUGUUUCGAAACGUCGAUCGAGUUGACAGCGUCCUUUCUAUAGCUGUGCCAUGUACAUGCCGUUCUGGUCGAGUUCUUGAAGGCAAGCGACGGUGAACUUCGCACUCAAGACAGUGACUCGAAAGUUCGCUCCGGUCAGUCUGUGUUGCUUGGCCGGGGACUUCGAUGUUCCUGCAGGGAAAGCUAUAUCUAUGGCUGCGUAACUAAGGUCCUCGGAUGCCACGACCUGAAUGUUCCUCAUUUGUCCAGAUACUCGUAUUACCAGAGGGACACCUCAAACCGAAACAGGCGGACGCAGCAGCAACCCGACCUGCGUCGCUGUUUUUUGUGUGGACAAGAGAACUGCAAUCGGAACACAGUUAAGGUGUUGUUAGAACAGGUUCUGUGAGAAAAAGGGACACCCCUGUGAACAAAAGGAACAUACGCUUACUUUCAUAUAAACUUACGACUGAACUCUACCGUUCACAUCCAUUAGUCGCGGAAGCUAAGAAAACUUUUGAAACCUGGUAUUCACGUGACGUCAUUGCCACUUGACUAGGUGUGAAGACUUGCCUCUGACUUAGUAGACUACGAGUGAAGUACGCGGACGUCCAACACUGAGAGCGCAUACCCCGAUGCAAGAGUACGAGGAGGACUAAGCGUAAGUUUCCCGGCGUCUUUCGACCAGUGAACUGUGCGUGCACCAUGGGAUGCGCGAACGCCAAGGCUGCCGGAAUCCCAUCGUCGGGCAAGACGGACUAUCCGCUAGAGGUGACCGACAGUUCGGACGGCACGAACUUCAUCAGCAACCAGGUUCCUAAGGUGGUCAUCAAUGGCGGAGACGUCCUGGACAACGAACACCACAUCAACGGCAGCGCUGACGACGCCGAGGACAAAGCAAAUGGUAACGCAGAUAUUCCGGGGACCGAGACGUUCCUGCCUCCACCAGAAACGCCACAAGAAACGGAAUUCCUGACGCCUCCAGAUCCUCCCAAGGACGACAAGGACGACAGAGAAGCCGUGGCCGAUCGAGCCGCCGAGACGCCCGUAGAGGAUGGAAACGACGCCAUCGAUGACGGCGGCGACGACAACGGCAACCGGCAGCCUCCCAACGACGUCACAACGGACGAACCAAUGCCAGACGCAGGAGACGGUGUCGUCACAGACGAUGCCAGCGAAGUCGGCGUCGUCGUAGCGGACGACAACGCCAACGACGUCACGCCGCUCGAUGACGUCGCCCAUGAUGCGGUGGACAGGAUGGGCCCGGACGUCGUUUCGGACGCGCCGACAGGAAACGACUUACCGCGAGACCUCAAUGAAGACAACGGCAUUGUACCCAAAGACAUCUUUGUUGACGACGGCUUAGACUACGACAGCAAGAAGGCAGAUAGGCAGAGCAACGCGGGGCACGACCUCAUCGUGCAAGACGCGUAGCGAGCGCCGAAAACAGGGUGAAGUUAUUACGGUUAGCGUUACGGUAUUAGGGAGUUUCGGCUCUACCUAUACAGGUUACCCAUAUCGUAUCAACGUGAUACGGGAGUGCAGAAACGUUUAGCGUGUGCGUUAUUUCGGCAUACGCGAUGACGUUUGCGUGAUCGCGGGUUACCGGAUGCUUGUAGUGAUAUCCUGAUAUACGCUUCGUCUUGCCACUGUCUCUUAUAGGCACGUUUUCGUGUUCCACUACUGUUGUCGUCAUGUGAACAUCUAAAAAGGCAACGCGUCGACAGUUACGCCGUAGCGCGAAAUUUAUGCCAUCGGCCAAGUACAACACGUUUGGAGACUGCAAAUUACCCAUUUGGUAUCGCAUGGCGCUACCAAUCUUGCCGCUCUCGUUGACGCCUCCGGGGACCCGAUAAUCCGCAAACGCUAGGAAGUUUGAGGGCAAGGUGGAACUGCCCAGUAACGCUGGCGGCUACAUCAUAUGGCGUUAUAUUCAGCCAUAGUGUGAUAGAAACGCUCAUUCAUUUUUCAAUAUGACCUCACUAUUCUCCGCAGCAACAACAACAACAAAAAUAUCGCAGUGAUGCCUGUUACCACUAUCAGUACGUCAUUAAAAACAAAACAAAACAAAACAAAAAAGAGAACACCGUUAACUAGUCUAUGUAAUAACAUACGAACACUUUGCGAUAGUUGCAAUGAUAUACACCGCCACAAGAUGAUAGCCGCAUGCUACUGGUGUUUAAGUACUUCUGUCCAGUAGAUGAAAACGCGAACACCUUAUAUGUGGAAUCUGGUGGCACUACUUACACAGCGCACCGACAUGCAGCCACGAAUUGCAUGGUAGCAUGGUCUUGUGACGUCACGUCAAAACGAAGAUUUCGUCGGAAUGACCGACUGGGCUCUUGCUCGUCUGUUAGUGACAUGGUAGCAUAUCUUCGACCUUCGGUAAGGCCGUAUUUUCGCUUUUUUUUUAACGUAAGGCCAUCACGCAAGAACGCUCCUAAUGCAUUCUAAUGGAGCAUAUUGCCGCAUGAAGUCGCCACCUGUGUUGCCGCUGUCAUCUGCGCACAUCUCCCGUAACACGGUAAUACGAUAAAACAGUAGCGCACGCGCGAGCGGCUAGGUCUGUUUCUACGAAGAAAAGCUUUAUAUUGGAACGUUUUCUACGACCUUUACUGUCUACAGAUCCACAGAAGGAGCUUGGCUGAGGUAUUGAUGUAAAUCGAGAAUUUUCUUACAUAAUACUUGCUUAUGCACUAUAUCACUAAGUGUUCAAAACGACACAACUUAGCGUGCAUAAUAGGCCAGAAGCAUGACAAGUAUUUUCAUGUAUAUACACGUAUAGAGCUCUGGAAGGUAAGCUCGACGUUUGGAUUAGGGAACGCAGACGUCACAGGAGUCGCAUGCAUUGCAGUCAGCAUUUCAUUGGCUCAGCGCAGAUCGAAAUGUCUGCCUUGAAUUGAUUCGCACAGAAAUGCUGGGAAGAGAUUAAAGAUUGCUUGUUGCAGCGUUUGUAAGAGCUCGAAAUGAAACAUAACUUCAGAAAGUACACACAUAUCGUUUCGCACGUGUCAACGAGUAAAUAAAUAAAAAAAUAACAUCUUCGGUACGAAUACCCCUCCUUUCCUGAAACGCAAAUAAAUUUGUUCAGCCUCUCAUCUUCUAAGCAAAACGCUUGAAAACGGUAGAUAUAGAUUGCAUGCAGACGAGGGCGCGCGGUCCUGAAAGCCUUGAGUGCACUCUGAGGUGCUGGACAUCAUUUAGCCCGGAUUGCCUAACGUCAUUGUGCAUGGCAACACGGGUAACGCAGCAGUGCACAUAAACGACAAGGGGUGUUGUGGUUGAAACGAGUAUUGCCGGGGCAAUCAACUCACGGGUUUGUCGUUGUGUUUGAGUUACUGAGGUUGUGUUUGAAAUAGCUGGUGUAAGGAAAGCAUUGUAGAAAAAUUGAAAAUAAAGAAAAA